UGAGUCGCAGAGGCCAGAAAGAAGACUUGCUCUGUGAUGUAGAAUCUCUGCACGAAAAGUAGUGUCAGCGACAUCUGGCUCCGCCAAAGUGGCUUGUUUUGGGUGGUUUUCUGAAUGAAAUUCGGCUCCAAAGUGCGCGCCAAGUGUGUCCAAGAAUCGUGCGAAUACGUUUUCGGUGAGGGUGAAUCGUUUUGGUGGCGUCAAUCGGGGGAAAUUGGUGAUAAAAUUUAGAUGUUGUAUCCAAUGUAAGCAGGAAGAGUGCGUUUUUCACUGCUAGAAGGAACGGAAAAGAGAAAAAAGGUGUUCUUUUUGUGCCACAAUUGCGUGUUCUCUGCAGUCGCCUAACGAGCUUAGCUGGGUGAAAAAAGUGCUGAUCACAGGUGAAUAGUGAAAAAUAGCUGAAAGGCAAAAGCGAGGAAUCGAAUGUGAAAAAUCGAAAAUCAAGUGUAUGAAAAAAAAAGAACAUUGUUGAGGUGGAAAAAUUCACAGUGAAAAUACACCCAUACAAUUGCGAACGAAGAAGUCCCAGUAUCAGCUAGAAGAGCAAACCCCCUCGAAUACAUCGAAAGACGCAAUCGGGGAGUGCAAAAGGAUUACACGACACAGGCUCUCGAGUUCUCUCAUGCGUUCGUCCUGUUGUUGUUCCUGUUUGCCGAGUUGUGCGAGAACACAGAAGAUUGAGCAGGCGAUCCCAAAGUGCUGCUGGUUGUGAAGAAUUCGAGUCAAAACACCAUCAUCAUCAUCAUCAGUGUACUAGAGUUACAUACCCACAGUUUAUAUGUUGCGAUAGUCAAGUACUCGGUGUUCUCUCGUGUUCUCACCCGUCCUUGUGUUUGUGCUCGGUUCGCAUGCUCGCAGGAUAAAAAGGAUUUAAAUUUCACACGAUUCAGCAGAGCGGUGUGGUCGCGAAGGCUUUUGAUGAAGAACUAGGAAAAUAACUCCGUUCGGGCGUUACUACUGCAAAGGUGACAGUCGCGCAUACCACCAGAAAACGCAGUUUGCCCCCGACAAACACCGAGCAAGUGCAAUGACGACGAUGCGUUAGCAUAGUGACUAUGGGAUCAGAGGCAUGGGCAUGUGCGUGGACCCUGGGGCUUUCCGGUGGUGUCAGGCAUUGAGCCGGUCGCAAUCGCUAACCACAGCAUCAACAGCGAGAACAACAGUUUCGGCGUCAACCGCAGCCACUUCCGGUGGCACCAAAACCAGGGGAACGACCACACCAACUGUACCGACAGUCAGUAGCCACAGCCAGCAGGCCGACUAUCGGCACGUGUCCAGCUUCCACCAUGCCAAGGUGCGAAGAAGUCUGAACACCACCAUCUUCAUCAAGAAGAAAAAGGCUGCAACCGUCACAGCAGCGGCGGCAACGGCAACGAAUUCAGCGGCCGAAACAACACAAACAGAAACUGCAGAUUCUAAAUCGAAAUCAGUUAGCAACAACUUUUCCAACCAGUACAGUAAUAAUAGUAAUUAUACUAGCAGUAAGAGCGGUAGCACAUACAACACUAGCAUAAACUGUAGACAAGCGAAUAGCGGCAGAAGCGGCAGUUGCAGCAGUAGUAAUAUCGAAAGGGCACUAGCAGUGCGGCGGAGGAACCUUAGUCUUAGCACCAACAAAUUGAGCGAACAGUACAGCUGCAGUGCGGCGGCAUUGAACUGGCUGAUCUCAUCGUUUGUACUGCUCCUUUGCAUCACCCUAUGUACUAGUUCAAUUAGUCCACCAGCACCCCAGGAUGCCAUUCACAUCACCGCCAUCCUCGGCGAGAGCGUCGUGUUCAACUGUCACGUAGAGUUUCCCGGCGACCAUCCCGUUCCCUAUGUAUUACAGUGGGAGAAGAAGGUGAGCGAAACGGGACAGGAGAUUCCAAUCUACAUCUGGUACGAGAGCUACCCGACCCACAGCGGCGAGGGAUACGAGGGACGCGUUUCGAGAGUGUCACCCGAUUCGAGCUUCGGCGCGGCCUCGCUCAACCUAACCAAUAUCCGCGAGUCCGACCAGGGCUGGUACGAGUGUAAGGUAGUGUUUCUGAAUCGGCCGCCGAAGCAGCACAAGAACGGCACCUGGUUUCAUCUGGACGUGCACGCUCCGCCUCGUUUCAGCGUUACGCCGGAGGACAUCAUUUACGUUAAUUUAGGCGAUUCUAUAAUACUAAACUGCCAAGCAGAUGGUACUCCAACCCCGGAGAUCCUGUGGUACAAAGAUGCCAAUCCAGUGGAUCCGUCUUCUACUGUUGGCAUCUUUAACGAUGGUACCGAGCUACGGAUUAGCACGAUCCGACACGAAGACAUCGGCGACUACACGUGUAUCGCGCGCAAUGGUGAGGGACAAGUCUCCCAUACUGCCCGUGUUAUAAUAGCGGGCGGCGCUGUAAUCAUGGUGCCGCCCACUAACCAAACGAAACUGGAGGGAGAGAAGGUGCAGUUCACCUGCGAGGCGAAGGCGAUGCCCGGGAAUGUCACUGUGCGAUGGUUCCGUGAGGGUUCACCGGUACGGGAGGUGGCCGCACUCGAAACGCGUGUCACGAUCCGCAAGGAUGGGUCGCUCAUCAUCAAUCCGGUCAGUGCGGACGACUCCGGCAUGUACACGUGUGAGGUGUCAAACGGCAUCGGAGAACCACAAAGUGCUUCGGCUUUUUUAAAUAUAGAGUAUCCUGCCAAAGUGACCUUCACCCCAACAAUACAAUACUUACCGUUUCGUUUAGCUGGUGUUGUACAAUGCUAUAUAAAAGCAAAUCCUCCUCUACAAUAUGUAACAUGGACCAAAGAUAAAAGAUUACUGGAACCUUAUCAAACAAAAGACAUAGUUAUAAUGAACAACGGUUCGCUGCUGUUCACCCGGGUCAAUCAGAACCACCAGGGCCGCUACACGUGUACGCCGUACAACGCCCAGGGAACGCAAGGUUCGUCCGGCCAUAUGGAAGUGUUGGUACGCAAACCUCCGGCCUUUACGAUCGAACCGGAUCCACUGUACCAACGUAAGGUCGGUGAGUCGGUUGAAAUGCACUGUGAUGCCCAGGAAGCGGAAGGCACUACUAAGCCUACGAUCACCUGGCAGAGGCGGGAUGGGCAACCCCUGCAGAAGAAUCGUGUUCGUAUCAUGAACGGUAACAUCACGAUCGAGAACCUUCGACGGUCGGACUUUGGCUACUACCAGUGCGUGGCGUCGAACGAGGUGGCCACAAUCGUGUCGGCAACUCAGUUGGUGAUCGAAGGCACCCAGCCACACGCUCCGUACAAUCUGAGCGGUACUGCCACGGAGUUCUCGGUGACACUCUCCUGGAUGCCCGGAUACAGUGGUGGCCCUGACUACAAGCAGGACUACACCAUCUGGUAUCGCGAGGCUGGGGUUUCCGAUUGGUCGACGAUUCCGGUAACGCCAUCCGGGAGCACGCAGGUCACGAUCAACCGCCUAUCUCCUGGAACGACGUACGAGUUCCAAGUUAUUGGAAAGAAUGCCCUCGGCGAUGGCAUGAUGAGUAAAGUGAUAACGAUACGGACGUUAGACGUCCAAAAACCGAAGAAAACAUCGACCACAACAGCAGCUCCUAACGAAAAAGAAUUCAAACAUGCUUCGGAUGACUUGGGUCCAAAACCGGGUCAACCGCGAAACGUGAGCGUGUUGGAGAUCCCGAAUGGGUUCCUAAUCUCGUGGCAGGUCCCACUGGAGCGCCCUCACCUGGUGCAGUUCUACACGAUCAAGUACCGCACCGAUGCCCAGUGGAAAACGCUCAACCGGGGCCAGAUUCGUCCGGAGGAAACGUCCUACCUGGUGAAGAAUCUGGUCGGCGGCCGAACCUACUACUUCCGGGUGUUGGCAAACUCGCUCAAGAGCUACGAAACCAGCGAGGAGAUCAAGUUCCCCGUGCCGGCACGGGUCAAGCACAAAGCCAUCACGGCCGGAGUGGUCGGCGGGAUUCUGUUCUUCAUCGUGGCCAUCAUCCUGUCGAUUUGUGCCGUCAAGAUCUGCAAUAAGCGUAAACGUAGAAAACAGGAGAAAGAACUCAACAUGGUAACAGCACGGAUCACGGAUCGGAACGCCCUAAGCCAGACGGUGCCUUUGAGAAGAUAUCUACAUGGAGAAAGUAAAAGCAGACUACCCGGCUUGAACAUCCUGGUUGCCAUUUUGCACUGGAUAUGGCCUCCGGGGCGUUGUCAGAACUGUGAUAGCAUCUACUCGAACAAAUUCAGCGGUGAACAGGGGAAGAGCGUCGGGGAGAUUCACCGCUCAGCGGACGGCAGAUUUGUCGUGCCUCAGGAUGCGGUCGAUGGGAUCAUUUCGUUGAGGAAUAGUAUAGUAUCGUGCUACAGCAGUAGUGAUGAUGGAGGUUUUCUGCCAAAGAGAUUAUCGCUGACUGGUAGGGCAUCGUGGCGAAGACCACUGGUGACGUGCCCCAGUCAGUUGAGUUUAAGGACGGAGGAUGGUUUCAAUGUGGCUGAGCCGCAGCAACCUACCCAGUCGUUGUAUACUAACACGAUGCCGGAGAAUCUUCAUCUCACUACGAUAAGUUCCAGUGUACCUGCUCCAAUGGUGACGCAGUCGUUGUAUACGACUCCGUCGAGAAUUUCAAAGGUGAUUGCUAGUUCACCGGCAACUUCCAGUCCCCAGGUCGUCAACUCGCCUUGGUCACCGCUGUAUUUCAGUGAUCUCAGUUCAGUUCAUCAUUUAAGUUCCGCGGAGCGAUCGUUUCCGACUCCACAAAGUGCUGCAUCAGCACAUCGUUACAACUACUCCGGUUACAAUCACGAACUGCCUGUAUUGAGUAGUCUGCAUAACACCUCGCGACAUCUGUCGCAUGGCUUCAUCCCAGUGCAUGUGCCAACGUCUAGGCAUUUUCAUCAAAACCUGUAUCAGAAUGUACCGUUCCACAGCCAUACUUAUGGUAGUCGACCAAAGUUCUCUCGUUAUCAUCCUCGACUUAUGCCGAGGAGUCUGACGCGAACGAUACCUGAGCUACGGUCACCUAUGCUCAAUCUAAAUCUAAGCACAACUCCACUCAGUGCAGCCCUGGAGGCAUCUCCACAGAGUUAUUCCAGUUCCAGUGGAUUUGGUAGUAAGAACACGUCCAGCAAUACUCAACAGACUUCCAGCUUCCACGCCAGCAACAAUCUGCUUAGGGAGUGGCGUUAUCUUCCUCCGUAUCGUCCGCCGCCUCCUCCUCCAAGUCUUCACCAUUCAGCGCCACUAUCUUUCGGUGGAGGACGGUUCGAUCAUCCACCCUAUUCGAUGUCCCAUUGGUUGGAAUUGAUAACAAGACUGAACAUUGCCUCGGAAAAGGCCAACAUCAACAACGCAGGAGACGUGGGAAGUGUCGACGGUCAUUACGAAUUUGAUCCUUCGACGCCUACGCCAACGGCGUCCACCCCAACCGGAAUCAUGAGGGACGACUUCCACCAUUUGAUGACGCUUCCCUCGACUUCAAGCGAUCUACUGUGGAAUGCCGCUGGGUUGUCUUUGACUGGUCCUGGAGCAGGUACGAUCACCAUCGGAGGACGGAAACGAGGCCAGUCCCGAUACGACAACAUCGAUGCACGAGUUGAGGCUAUGAAAGAAGAGUUCUACGAAUGGAGAAAAAGGCAACAGCAAACCGAAAAUGACAUCAGGAUGAACGAGAUGGAAAGUUCCUGCUGAUCAAAGGUGCGUUAGUAGAUUAUGCAUUCGUGAUGGCGUGCUGAAGAAACAAGAAACAAGACUCGACUUAUUCAAUAACUAUAGCAAUAUCUAAUUAUCGGAUGAAUCAGAUGGGUGGGCGGUUGGAACAACAGCAGAAGUUCAACCCAUUGAAUGAUCAUUAACUUAUCUUUAAUGAGAAUUUUAAUGGCAAACCAGCAAGCAAGAAAGAGCACCGCUAAGCAGAGAUCGACAUCUACGAACAUAUGAAUAUGAAAGUAACACACGUGUUAAAGACUUUUAUAAUAGCUAUGUAAAAAAUUGGUAUGAUUGAAAACAGUAAAAUGGAGAUGGGACAUUCGGGAACGACUGCUACAGAGAGUUGGUGAACAGUUCUAGGAAAUUUAUUGAAAAAUCAAAUACAAUUCAGGCACUUUGAUAACAGUAAUGUGACUUUGCAACGAUGGAACAGCAGAACUCGAGAAAGAUUUUGUUUGAUUGUUCGUAUUUGGAUUAUAUUUUCAGGAACCAUGCAAAACAUGGAGGGUGUUUCAACAUUUACUUAUAAUGGUGAACUUCACAAAAUAAUUUGCCUGACUAUGAAUUUCAUACACUCUGAAAGUACCUUAUUUGGUUUUGCAAUCGCUUUAGAUUUUUAUGUCAUUCACAUGACAUUUCUGCGGAUCAUAAGAUUUUCCCUUGACUAUCUUUUAAAAAUGAACUAGUAAGUUAUGCGUGGCCGGUAAUGGGAGUUGUCUGGUCUUCUUGUCUUUUUCAGAUUGGACUGCUAUUCCUUUCAAAAUAGUUUUCCAUUAUAAUUGAAAUAAGAAUAAUAAAGCAAAGCACAUGAUAGUUUUCAAUCUAUUGCGAAAUUUCCAAAGAAAUCUUUUUGAUAACUUUGGAGGAAUGCCGGGAUGAAUCUUUGGAGAAAUGCCCUUGAAAGCCCAUUAAAAGAAAUUGAGGAAUCUUGGCAGACAUAUUACAUUUGCUAUUGUGAUCCCAAAAAAUAGUUUGUUUUUUGUUCUUUAAGUGAAUUUUAGCACAUACGGCUAGUUCAUCAUCAAGAAAACAUUAAAAAAAGGAAUGCUUAGUGGAAUUAUUCAAGUCACUUUCAUUUUUGUCUAGCAGAUUUGGAAAAACAAAACACAGAUCCGAAAUAAAACGUGUCAGUAAAUUAAAAAACGCAACCACUCAUAUGCACAGCCUGCUGAGAUUACCUAAAUAUCCGACUGACUCAUAAAUAAUAUGCGUUCCUAUUUCAAUACAAAAAUUGGGAUUGAUUUCUAAUUCAAAUUUGCACAAAUACUUGCUUUUCAGUGGGUUCUAUAAAUAAAAUGUUUUGAGGGGGAACAUGAAGCAGUGUAUGGUUAAUUGAACAUUAUUCAAUGAUACGUUCCAUGUGAAGAAACAACAAAAGAACUCAGCCUUCUUUGUUCUGCCGUUCCACGUCGCAAAAUAUCACAAUCCAAAUCAAACACAAUAAGUGGCAACCGUAUGAUACAGUUGCAUAUUUUAACACAGCGUAACUCAGUUCGUAUCUAGGAUAACGAAACUCUUUCACUUGCCCACUAGAAUAAAAUGAAGCGAAACUAGCACCAUGAAAAAUAUUCACACAUACAACCUCACGAUAAACAAAAGAACUAUGAUUAACGAGGAAACAAGGCAACCCCUUUUCACUAGAUCUCACAUUCAAACUAUUGUCACGGCACAUUCCAAAUGAAAGCAACUUUCUCAAUCACAACUCACAAAUAUUCACCCACACACACACAAACGAAGUCGUAACCAAAAGUGACCAAAGCAGUCACCAAUGCGAAAAAUAAAACCUUCUCGAAAAAAAGAAGCAGAAGAAACUGUUACGAUCGCAAAAACAAGUGAACAGAAAUACAAGUAGGCAUAAUAUCAAUAUUUAAUGUUCUUGGAAACCAACAAUAUUCACAAAUAUAUACAACAAACGGAAAGGAAGUAAAACAGUAAAACACAUAAUAAUAAUAAUUGAGAACAUAAGAGUAAGGUAAUUUAUAAUGAAAUUUAAAUCCAAUUUGGCACAGGGGCAACCAAGUCCGGUUUGAAUCCAAAUCGGGCACGUUAGCUCCGGCCGGGAAACAUUCAUUCUAAACUAGUAAAGGCAAAGGCAGAGAGAAAACUCAAAGAGCGAAAAAUGGGGGAAACCUGGAAACUGGAUAUGUUAUUGAAUUGUAAGUAAGUAAUUGAUAACUAAUUAAUUAGAGCACGAAUGAACGAAGGGAGUCGUGGGGGUGAACAAAUUUUGGUGCAACAAAUAGAAAACAUACUUAAGCGAGAAUCGUCGUUAUUAGAUGAAAAAAAGAAGCAACCGGAAUGCAGAUAAAUCUAUAGUUUAAUGAUUAUUUUACUUGAGAUCCAAUCUUAUUUUAAGCGAAAUAAUUAUAAGCAAAGAUAAAACAGUAGAGAAUAGUCGAUUAAGGAUGAACACUGAAUUACACAGAUGAGUAAAUAUGAAAACAAUGAGAUUAGCCAUUUACGUUUGCAAUUCAAUCGAUUGCAGUGGAGUCGAUGAAAUACAGUCGAUAUUUUACAUGUAUUUCUAGGUUAGGUGAGAACAUUCUUCUGGAAUGCUGCUUAUGCUUGUUAAUUUUUGUUUAACAGUGAUUCUAUUCCUUCGUUUCAUUCUACUAUGUAUGCUUGUAAGAGGAACCAAUUUAUGCACGAGAAAAGUCUGACUAUUGCAUCUUAUUUAUGUGCGGAUGUCCAUUCCAAAGAUUGUUUAUUUACGGUUUUAGUUUGUAAACUUUGCAUCUCUUCCUACCUGACAGUUUGAGUACGUUUUGCAAAUCCGUACGUUUCGCCAACCGUACGUAUAACUAGAACAAAUUUUCGAGUACAUAAGUAUAUAAAUCCUGUUGAUAGUUCUUAUUAUAACACUUAUUAUUCUUAUCAGUAAAUCUAAACGAAAAUCAAUGAAACGACGAAAAGGUAUUACCAUUUGCAUGUCAAUCAAAUGACAGUAUACCGAAAUUUUCAAAAAGAACAAAACAACUGUCACCGGUAGAACAGUUAAUAAAUCAGUAUUUUAAUGAAACAGAUUUCCAAACUCAUGCGAUUCCUUUUCCCAUGGAUUUCCUUCAAAUGUGUGCAGCAUUUGGUUCGAUCUAUUUUGCUGUGCCAUAGCCGCCUACUAUGGCGAAUCGAUUUGAUUCAUUCUAUUUCUUCUUGCCCUGGGAGGCAAACAGUAGGCGUCAUUCCUAUUCAACCAUCAAUUCCUAAACGUUCGAAAAGCGCACCUAUUUUGGCAGUAAUUUGACUCGUUUUUAUUCGAUGUGAUUCAAAUUAACAGUAAAGUUGAUCUCUUUAGUCCAAUUCAGAGUUAAUACACAAACACACAUAAGUAGAUCCAACUGCUCUUCGAAUAAGUGCAAACUGGUUUCAGUAACAAUCGGAAUGAGAACGUACGAUGCAACGUUUUGAUUGAUUUUCAAUUGUACGAAAUCUGAGCAUGGAAAGAAGUAAACAUAAGAACAACACCGUUUAAUAUAAGAAGCGUAGAAAAAAAGAAAACAAUGUUUUACCAUACAAACUAGAGUCUCACUUAACACAUGAAGAAUUAAGAAAAUAUAAAAAAGAAACAUACCGAUGAAAUCGAAACAAGGAAGACGAGAAAGGAACGGCGGAAAAUACAACAGCAAAAGAGAUGGAAGUAACCGAAUCGGGAGCGAUGUAAAUAGACCUUGUUUUUUAUGAUUUCUCCGAACAAACCAAGUCUCAGUCCAAUCGGAACAAAGCAACCCAAACAAAUUCACUAAAACACGCAACCAAGCCAGCAGGAUAACACACAAAAACACACCCAUGUGCACACAGAGAAAAGGAAAGAAAGGAAACAAAAAAAAAGUAAAAAAAAAACGAAACAUUCCAUUAGCUUCUAGUUUGUAUUGUAUAAGAAUUAGAAAUGAAGAAAAAAUAAAACUGAAAAAAAAUCUUGCCGGACUUAGUGAAACAAAAAGAAAAAAAAAACACAAUAUACUUAAGAGGAUGAACGAUUAGCAAGAGAAGGGAAACAAAAAAUGUGGAUGAGUUGAAAACAACAAGGUGGAAGCAAAGACAAAAAACCAGCACGCAUGUCGAAAGAAAGAGUUUAUUUUGUUCGUUUUUUCCCACAUUUUGGUUGGUAUAUUGAAUUGGAUGUUU